AUGGGCAACUUUGAAUCCAUCAGGCCCGAUAACCCCAGAUCCAACGAUAUCGUUACCACCAUGAACCGGCUGCUCCGCUCGAACUUCGCCUAUGUCAUCUACGAUACACACAAGCCUAAGCAGCUCCUCCAAGGCAUCCAUGAACGGUUCACCCAGAUCGAGGGCUUGGCAUGUCAGAAAUAUUAG